UAGCUACAGAACAGCUGGAGGUAGUAGUUGUCAGGUUGUUUUCGUCUCAUAUCUCCUGCUGCCACAAGAUGUUGAAAGCAGUUAUUUUAAUCGGAGGUCCUCAGAAAGGCACACGGUUCAGGCCGUUGUCUUUUGAGGUUCCCAAACCUUUGUUUCCAGUAGCCGGUGUGCCCAUGUUACAGCACCACAUUGAAGCGUGUGUGAAGGUACCAAAUAUGAAGGAGAUUUUACUCAUCGGCUUUUAUCAGCCAAAUGAAGAACUAACCAGAUUCCUGGUUAAUGCACAACAAGAGUUUAAAAUUUCUAUCAGGUAUUUGCAGGAGUAUUCAUCGCUGGGCACUGGAGGAGGAAUCUAUCACUUCAGAGAUCAGAUUGUCUCUGGCAAUCCAGAGGCUUUCUUUGUUAUGAAUGCAGACAUCUCGUCAGCAUUUCCUCUCACAGAGAUGCUCACCUUCCAGAAGGAACAUGGAGAACCAAACAGUUUUGUCAUCCUUGGGACAACGGCAAACAGAAAGCAGUCCUUGAAUUACGGCUGUAUUGUUGAAAACGAGCAAACUAAUGAGGUCCUGCAUUAUGUAGAAAAGCCAGGCACAUUCGUGAGUGACAUCAUCAACUGCGGUAUAUACCUCUUUAACCAAGACAUCUUCCAGCAUAUCGGUGCAGUCUUCCAGAAGAAUCAACAGGACAUGUUACUAUAUCCAUAUGAUGGAGAGGAGCCAACCAAUGGCUGGCACAGAGCAGAAGCCAUCAGACUGGAGCAGGACAUUUUCACUGCCCUGGCAGGACAGGGCAAACUCUAUGUGUAUAAAACACUCAGCUUCUGGAGCCAGAUUAAAUCUGCAGGAUCUGCCAUUUAUGCCAGCCGAUUGUACCUCAACCAGUAUCACACAACCCAUCCUGAAAGACUGGCUUCAAAUAAAGAAGGAAGUCCCAAAAUAAGUGGUAAUGUCUAUAUCCACCCCACAGCCAAUAUUGACCCCACUGCACUGUUGGGUCCAAACGUCUCCAUUGGCACAGGAGUAACUAUUGGUGCUGGGGUUAGAGUUCGAGAAUCCAUCAUCCUACAUGGUGCAAAUCUCCAGGACCACUGCUGUGUUUUGAACAGCAUUGUGGGAUGGGAUAGCACCAUUGGCAAGUGGGCAAGAGUGGAAGGAACCCCAAGUGACCCAAACCCCAAUGAUCCCUAUGCAAAGAUAGACAGCGAGACCCUCUUCAGAGAAGGAAAACUCACGCCCUCAAUUACUAUUCUCGGUUGUAACGUGACUAUCCCCUCCGAGGUGAUUAUACUCAACUCAAUUGUCCUCCCUCACAAAGACCUGAACCGCAGCUUCAAAAACCAAAUUAUUCUCUAGCUAAUCUUCCUCGCUUGCUCCCAUUUGCUCUCGCUAUCACUGAUGAAGGAUGCGGCUGAACGACCGCUAGCACUGCCUCUGAGUUACUGUAUAUAAGAUGUCAAAAAUAGAGAUAUGGGACGUUCAUGAAAUAGUUUUUGAAAGAUGGAUUUUUAUAUAUUUGUCCUCGGGCCUUAUGCAUCAUUGGGUGUCAGCAGAAUUAGAGAUCGGCUAAUUGUGCACGUUGAUUCACCUUGAAAAGUGCUGCCAUGCCAGAGGUUGAUAUUGUUUUUUUUAUUAACUUUGCCGAACUGUAAAAUUGCUGCAGACACUGUUUGGUUUGGUGUAAUAUAAUGCCUCUAGAAGGACAUCAUUGACAAACCUGAGACAGAAACGACUAGAAAAUAAAUGAUUAUUUUUGUUGGAGGUGAUUAUUUAUGUGGAACUCUGAUUAAAACCUUUUAAGUAUCUUUAUUGUUAGUCUAAAAAAAAACUAUCAAUCAUAAGUAGGCCCGAGAUUUAGAUUGCAAUCAACUAAUCAAGUAAUGUUGGCUUUUAAAAUGCUCUUAGCAGGGAGCCUCAGAACUGUAAGCAGCAACAGCACAUACUUAAUUUGUGCAUCUGCAAUCACUGGUGGAACUCUUCAAUUUAUGGAUCGAGCAAUUUAGCAUUUACAUAUUAAGCCGUAGACGUCUUAUGUUCGCUUUUGCAGUUUUGUUUCAAUUAUUGCUAAGAGUGUGUCUGUUGAGGAGUGCUGGAGAUUUUGAUACCGGAACUGCAGCUUAAUAUGAUUUUAAUCAAGGCGCCUUGCAAACUACUCUCAAGGUAUUUUAAUUAACGAUGAGUAUAUUUAGGGUUUCACAUGUAGCUGCUCGUACUUUUAAAUAGAUGCAGGUGAUGACUUUAAAAAUCGGCCUCAUGUCGAUAUAAAAAUCUAUAUAUAUAUUUGACAAAUAUUAUCAUACACACUGAAACAACUUGCAAAAGUGCCAGAAUACUACAUUUAAUAGCAAAAUGAUACUAUUGACACAGAGCUUUCGCCAUUUGAAUAGAAAGCAACGGCUCAUUCCUUCACACAGUAAACGGUCUAUGCGUCACACAGUGACCACGUCCUAUAAGAUGAUGAUGAUGAUUCACAAAUGAUCAUACAUUUGGCCUUUUUAGAAAUUGCUGAUCGCACAUCGUACAGCGGGUGAAAUUAUCGUACAAAUCCGAUAGUUAUCGUACAUCUGGCAACACUGUUUCAUCACACCAUGAGGAUAAAAGGAGCUCAUACCUCCCAGCUGCUCACACGGAAAGGCGAUUCUAAUCCUAAUUUAUUUGAUCAAAAAUUAUUUUGCAAUCACAGUGGGGGUUAAAGCUUGAGGAUUUCAAUACCAAUAGCAUUGACAGAAUUCUUAUCAACAACAUGCUUUUAAAAGCUUGCUCAGGGUUGUUUGUUAUUGUUAGUUUUUUUGUUUUCUUUUUCAUUUGCCUCAUGAAUGGCAAACCAAGUCAGCGCUGGUCUUCGAACAGGUCAGCAGAGGAAGCUCGAGAGUGAGGAUGUGGUUAUUAAAGGAAGUGAACACACGGGUCAGAGUGACAUAAGCCAUAAGGAGGGAAAGAUUGGAAAGGUGACAUGUUGACAGAAGUUGGAUUCAAUCCCCCCCGUCCUGACUCAUGAAGAGCAUCUCAUCUUUGCUGAAUCAGAUUACGUGUCAGCUGUCAGGCAGUGUGUGCACCCACCUUUUUGCUCCUUUGGUCUGUGAGCUUUUCUUUAUUAUUAUUUUUAUUUUGUUUUGUUUUUUUUGUUUAAUUGAUUCCUUUUAUGAAGAAUGUUGUAAUUAUGACUUAUUUAUUAGAUUGAUCAUGUCGAGGAAAUGGGUUUACAAGCUGUAUGUAUGUUAGGAUUCUGUAUAUUUGGCUGAUUUUGGCAGAGUCUAUAUAAGUGUUGAGUGGAAAAAAAAUGAAUGUGUCUAAGGUAUGAGAAAUAUGGAGCGAGGUCUGCAUGUAGAAUAUGAAUCUACAUUGCUGUUGCGAUUAUCUGUCUUCUUAUUUUACUUCAACAUUGUACUGAUAUGCCCUGCGAUGGAGGUGUGACCCCGCCUAUCGCCUUCUGUCAACUGAGAUUGGCACAGUGCCCCCCGCGACCCUCAUGUGGAGAAUAAAGCGGUAGAAAAUGGAUGGAGGGAUAGAUUGUACUGAUUAUUUUUUUCUUGUGAGAUUCUGAUUCCUAACAGGAACAGAUGCUACACAAAUCAACCAGUUUCUAAGGAUAUGGCUGUGCAUGUCCAGAUUUUGAAAGCCUCUGUUUUGUAACCUUUUGUUCAACCAUGUCCAAUUUCCAGUCACCGCUGUAAACACUAAGUAUGCCUCUGAAAGGCCGUGAGUCACCAUAUUCAAAGAUGAACUGGUUUGCAGGAUUCAGUAUUCAGCUCCUCUAGUUGGACCUGCUCACCUCAUCGCAGUUCACCCCCACAUUGUUUUCUCUUUUCCUUUUGUUUUGACUCCAGCCUCGGAAAAAAGACUUCCCGGUAAAAAACGUGACGAUUGUGUGAAAUGAGCAGCAGCACUGCCACUCAAGCUCUUGUGAAGGCUAACGCCUGGAACUGUGUGUCGAAAAAAAAAAAAGAAAAA